AUGUGUAUAAAUGAAAGUCUUUUUUUGUACAAAGAAAGAUUGUUUUUUAAACAAUACAUUCCUUCAAAAAGAAAUAGAUUUGGCAUGCAAUCGUUUAUUGUAAGUGAUUGUAUGACAGAAUAUAUACAAAAUAUAAUUGUUUAUGCUAGAUCAUAUACUGCUGUGAAAAUUGAAAACAAGGAUAUUGGAAAAUCGAGAAAGUGGUACCAUGCAUUUUUUUUUCAUCUAAUAGAUAUUUUCGUGUGAAAUACUUAUUGUCCUUAUACAUACAAAAUAAAAACAACUAUAUUCAUGGCAAAUGAAAUUAAUCAAGGAAAUACUCAAAAAGUAUCAUCGGAAUUCAAUUUAUCAUGA